CUGCAGAACUACCUGAGGAGGUGCUGGCACACAUCUUUCGCCACCUACCCUUGCGUGACCGUGCUGCUGCAGCCAGGGUUUGCAGAGCCUGGGCUGCUGCUGCCACCUGCAGCUCCGUGUGGCACAACACGAACAUCAGGUCACUCAGCUAAGGAAUGGCAGAGGCAGAAUGUGAACUUGGCCAUGCACCGCCUCAUUAGAGACCAUUGAGAAAGCCCGGCUUCUAAAUAUCAUUGGCUCUCCCUGCCAGGGUUUCAACUUGUUGCAGAGGCAUCUGAAGUUUUCUAUUUAAAGGGAUAGAGUGGGAGUUCCCUCCUAGCAUUAGCGGCUACCUUGGAGCAACCAAGGCAUGGUCGGGACAGGGAGUUGUGUUGGUAGGGGGCAUAAAGAGGAGAUGGUAUCUGGCACCCAGGCUGAGGUGCCAGAUGCCUUUUCUCCACCGCUCAAACCUCAAGUUGCGACUUUGAGCAAGAAGACAUGCUGCUACCAUAUCUAUCCGCCUGCCUGGACCACGUUCACAACCUACGGCUGGAAUUUGAGCCGUCGAAGGAGUCAAGCCGCCGGGCAGCCACGGAGUUGUUGAUCGCACUGGCGGGCCGUUCCCCAGGGCUUCGAGGCCUGCGCUUGGAGUGCCGUGGAGAGAAGCCAUUCUUCGAUGCGGGCUGGGACGUCCUGGACGCAGUGCACGGCAUCUGCCAGGCUGCCCAUGCACUGCAUCACCUUGACCUGCGGCGAUUGCCCUUCACGCUGGAUGACGCGCUAGUGCUGCAGGCGGCACGUGGCUGCCCUGAGCUCCGCAGCCUUUUCCUAAACAACGGUACGCUGGUGGGCAGCGUAGGGCCGGGCUCGGUGCUCUACCUACUAGAAGCCUGCCCACGUCUGAGCGUCCUGGGCCUGCACCUGGCCAGCCUGUCGCGCACGGCCCUCGAGGCGCUGGCGGCGUCGGACCGCGCUCCUUUCAAGCUCCUGGCCCUGCGAUGCGCGUGCCCAGAGGACAUACGUGCACCCCCAUUGCCGAACGAAGCCUGGGAGGCGUUGCGCCGCCGCCACCCUGGACUGGCCGUGGAGCUGGAGCUGGAACCGGCACUGCCGGCCGAGAACGUGACACGUAUCCUGCAGUCUGCUGUGCCCGUGGCUACGCUGCGCCUCUGCAUCUCUGGGGACACUGUAGGUCCCGUGCGCUUCGCAGCGCUGCAUUACGCCGCAACGUUGCGCGUGCUCGAGGUGCGCGCCGCCGCCUCCGCCGACCUGGAUGCCGCACUGGAGUUGUUGGCGGCGCGCUGCACCGGCCUGCGCGAAGUGCACUGCUUCUGCGUAGUGCGACCCUCCGUCCUGCAAGCCUUCCUCGCUCAGUGCCCGCGCUUGCGCAGCUACACGCUCAAACUAACACGGGAGCCGCAUCCCUGGCGGCCCAUGCUUGUGGCGUGAUGGGGCUAACGUGCCACCCCUCCCCAGCAGACGGGUGACCUCUGAGAUUUUGGGUGGGUUUGCCGACGCACACGCCAACUGCUAAUCCGUUCCUUCAGAACUCUGUUGCCCCUUGUACCUCUCGGAGAUUGGGGGCGCCCUGAGUCCGCUCUGUGCUCUCAACAUCUGCAGACGCCCGCUGCCCGGUACUGGGAUCACCGUCCUUCAGCCUACCCACUCUGCAAACACUGUUAACUCCGCGGCCCCGGCGUGGGGUGGGAGGGGAGGGCACAGGUGCAGGCUAGGCCUCAGGGGUGAGUGUGAAAUAAAUCCUGUAGUAUCUCUCCUAA